ACACGACCAGCGUGUUCCUUCAUUCGUACCGACACAAAAAAGUUUAAUUUAAUUAAAAAUGGGUGAUAAAGUGGAAGUUGGACAGUACAUUAUUGUUCAGAGACAAAACUUUACCAAGUUACACAAGUUUAGCAAUCUAGAUUCAACUGUAUCUUUAGGAAAAGAGAUUGUCGAGCUUAGAAAUAUUGAAGGUGCAAAUUUCUAUCAAACAUUUAAAAUGAAGUUUAAGCAGUCAGGAAAGAAGCGAUUGCAUGAAUUAGAGAUAUGCGAUAAUGCUACAAAUGUCAAGGAAAUCCUUAAAAGUAUGGAAUCUGGAUCUGACAAUAGAAAUAUCGUCGAUGACGGAAAGUCUCAAAUUCUAUCAAACGAUGAAGUGUUAAGCUUGAGAGAAACAAUGGCAGAUUCUACAGAGAUAAUAGGAAAAAUCAUAGCCAAUUCCAAGUCAUUCAAUGAAAAAACUGAAUAUUCACAAGAAAAAUACAUUAAAAAGAAAGAAAAGAAGUAUUUUGAGUUUGUGCAAAUUAGAAAGCCAACAAUUAGAUUAUUAGCAGAGAUAUUUUACAGACAAGAUCCUGAAAAGGCAUUAGGACUAAGAAUAGAUUCAUUGUCACAGUUAAUAUCGUAUUCUGGAAUUAAUCCAACUGGAAAUUUCCUUCUUUAUGAAUCUGGAACUAGUGGAUUAGUACCUGCAGCAUUUUUAAAUUCAAUAGGCGAAGAAGGAAGUGCUCAAUUAAUUCAUUUGCAUCCUGGAAAUUUUCCUCAAAAGCAAGCAAUUUUUGCUCUAAAUUUGUCUGAUGAUCACUUAAAGAAGUGCAUAUCCGUUAAUGUCUAUUCAGUUUUACGUCAAUUUUAUCAAGGUCCUGCAGAAUUAGAAGUUAAAGAUUUUGACAAAGUUGAAGCUGAAAGCAGGAAAAGGAAGCAUGAAAAUGGAAACGACGAAGAAUCUGAAGAAAAUCCAUCAAAACGUCAAAACUUAGAGACUGAGAGUGCUCCAGUGGAACCGAUAGACAGUAAACGACAACAAAGAGAAAAUGAAAGGAACAUAAAGAAACAAAAAUGGCAAGAAGAAAACGAGGAAGCCUUAAAAGUUCUCAGAAAUAAAGUUGAUUCUCUCACAAUUGUUUCUAAAGAAGACCCACUUCCAAUUUUAAAGGAAUUACUGCCAUUUGUCAAUCCUGGAAGACCAGUAGUCUUAUUCCAUACAUGCAAGGAAGUUCUCAUGGAAUGUUAUUCAGCAGUUAAAGCUUCAUGCGGAUUAAUUAAUGUCCGAUUGACGACGAAUUUUAUGAGAAAUUAUCAAGUUCUUCCAAUGCGAACGCAUCCAGCAGUUCAAAUUAAUGGAUCAAGCGGAUGGAUUAUGGUUGGAUAUACUGUAGAUUCAAAAAAUAUUGAAUAGAAUUUACAUGGCAUUUUUGUGACUUCUUAUUAAUCAAUAAACAAAUUAUUUUUUCAAAAUUACA